UGGUUCAGCAAAUUCCUUGACAUGUCUGUGUGUGGUGGCACUUGAUGCCUUGACCCAAGCUUCAGUCCAUUCCUUAAGAUGUUCACUCAAAUUCUUGAAUAAAUUUUUUUCCUUGACAAUCCUCAUAAGGCUGUGGUUCUCUUGGUUGGUUGUGCACCUUUUUCUUCCACACUUUUUCCCUUUCACUCAACUUUUUAUUAACAUGCUUGGAUACAGCACUCUGUGAACAUCCAGCUUCUUUGGAAAUGAAUGUUCGUGGCUUACCCUCCUUGUGAAGGGUGUCAAUGAUUGUCUUCUGGACAACUGUCAGAUCAGCAGUCUUCCCCAUGAUUGUAUAGCCUAGUGAACCAAACUGAGAGACCAUUUUGAAGGCUGAGGAAAACUUUGUUGGUGUUUUGAGUUUAUUAGCUGAUUGGCAUGUCAUCAUAUUCUAAUUUGUUGGUUGAGAUGGUGAAUUGUUGGGUUUUUGUUUAAUGUGAGCCAAAAUCAUCACAAUUAAAAUAAACAAAGACUUACAAACUCCAUGUGGCUACCAGGGACCCGUGGCCACCAUGUUGGAGACCACUGGUCCAGGGCCUUGUGAGUGGUGUCUGCUCUCCACUUUUAUGCCAUGGGGCCACCAAUCAGGGGUGUGUUUCCAAAAAGCAACUAUGGUCAUGCUUUCCGUCAUUACCAGUAGAGUUAAAUGGAACUAACGACUGUAGUUUAGCUAACAAUAGCCACGUUUCCACCACAGGAACUUUACCCAGGAACUAGGGACUCUGGGCUGGUACUCUGUGUGUUUCCACCGCAGGAACCAGGAUCUAAAGAAAGUUCAGGGUAAAAAAAAAUGCCCCUCAGAAAGUCCCUGCUGGCGAGAAUUACCGGAUUUGCGUCAUCGCAGACAUCACACUCCCGAGUCGAAUGCGCAAAGUCCGAACUACCAAGGAUGCAAGUCCGAAAUAUGCCUACUUUGUAUUGAGAAAUACACACAGACCUACAUCACCAGACUAUUUGCCUAAUCUCCACGGUACUUUAGACCGCGGUGGAAACACAGAAAACAGGUCUGGGGGAAAAUAGUUCCUCGGGGAAAAAGUUCCUGGUUCACUUGUUCUGGUGGAAACGAGGCAAAUGCUUUUGGUAAACGCACCGCAGAUUGGAGGACUGGCCAAUGAUCUCACAGGAACACAGGGAUCAGACCUGAUGGUGCUGAAAGAGGAGAGUCAAGAACUGAAGGAAAUGAAAUAUAAGAAUGAACAUGAUUUUAAAACUGGAGAAAAAUAUUUUAGUUGCUCACAGGCUGAAAUAACUUCAAUAAAAAUGAAUCAAAAGAUGGGAAGGAGUAGUUAUUACACCUGCCAACAGUGUGGAAAACAUUUCAGUAAAACAGGUUACAAAAAACACAUGAGAGUUCACAAAGGAGAGAAGCCUUAUGUGUGCCCUCAGUGUGGAAAGAGUUUCAGUCGUCCUUCAAACCUUGGAGACCACAUGACGGUUCACACUGGAGAGAAGCCUUAUACCUGCCAACACUGUGGAAAGUGUUUCAGUCAAAAAGCAAGUCUUAGAAACCACAUUAGAAUUCACACUGUAGAGAAGCCUUACGUAUGCCCUCAGUGUGGAAAGAGUUUCACUCAUCCUGCAAACCUUGCAAGCCACAUUAGUGUUCACACUGGAGAGAAGCCUUAUGACUGCCAACACUGUGGAAAGUGUUUCAGUCAAAGAGCAACUCUUAAACGACAUAUUAGUAUUCACACUGGAGAAAGGCCUUACGUAUGCCCUCAGUGUGGAAAGAGUUUUACACAUCCUGGAAACCUUGCAAGCCACAUUAGUGUUCACAUUGGACUGAAGCCUUAUGCCUGCCAACACUGUGGAAAGUGUUUCAGUCAAAAAGGAAAUCUCAACUACCACAUGGCAAUACACACUGGAGAGAGAAUUUUCACCUGCCAACAGUGUGGAAGAAGUUUCACUCAAAGAGGAAACUUUAACAAACACAUGAGAAUUCACAAUGAAGAGCUGCCUUACACAUGUGAUCAGUGUGGAAAGAGUUUCCGUCAAAAAAAUCACUUUAAUGACCACAUGAGAGUUCACACUGGAGAGAAGCCAUUCACCUGCCAACAAUGUGGAAAAUGUUUCAGCCGAAAAGGAAACCUUAACAGGCACAUUAGCGUUCACACUGCAGAAAAGCCAUUUACAUGUGGUCACUGCGGAAAGAGUUUCAAAUAUAAAGUAUCCCUUAAUAAGCACAUGUCAUCAUUGUGGAUAGAUUCACAGACAAGAAACAUCUCAUGAAUCAUGUGAUGACACCAGAGAGAAACCAUCUUGAGGUUCACAGAAGCAACCCAGAUUAAAUGGCUGAUUGGAUCACAAGUAGACAGUCUCCGUAUCACAGUCUCUUUUGACCACUUCUGUUCCCAUUUUUGGGGUCAUGUUUUUUGUUUCCCAAAAUGUUUUCAAAGAGGAAGUGAAUUAGAAGUAUAUACUAUUUUUGAGAUGUUUAAAUCGCUAGCUCUAAAGCAAAGGAUGUUUAUGAUUGAAACAAAUGUUUUAUAAUCUAUUAUACUACCGGGCCAUUAAAUGCAUAAAUCUGAUUGGCU